CAAUAUACUAACCUGAGUUAAACCCUCGCCACCACUGACCUCCUUUCCUUUCCCCAUGCCGCUCCCUUCCUCCUCCUCCGCCGCCGCCAUCGCUGCCGGGCCGGCGGCGUCUCCCCUCGCCGCUCGCAGCCUCCGCGGCCGCCCGCGCUCAAGCCCCUUCUUCGUGAAGUGUCAAAGGGUUGAUCCUCUGAAGCUGAGGGCAGUCAAUGGAGCACCCCCCUGCAUUCCUGUGCCUGACAGUUCGCUAUGGACUCCUAUAACAAUGCCAGUUUUCGGUGACAACAAGGUUAGGAAGGAUGGCACGAGGCUGCGUAUCUUCUCAGGCACAGCCAAUCCUUCUCUUUCCCAGGAAAUAGCAAGCUACAUGGGUCUAGAACUUGGGAAGAUUAACAUAAAAAGGUUUGCUGAUGGAGAAAUAUAUGUUCAGUUACAAGAAAGUGUAAGGGGCUGCGAUGUAUUCCUUGUGCAACCAUCAUGUCCUCCAGCAAACGAGAAUCUCAUGGAGCUACUGAUCAUGAUUGAUGCCUGUAGAAGAGCAUCUGCUAAGAAUAUUACUGCAGUCAUCCCUUAUUUCGGUUAUGCCAGGUCUGACAGGAAGUCUCAAGGUCGUGAAUCUAUAGCUGCAAAACUUGUAGCUAAUAUGAUUACAGAAGCUGGUGCGAACCGUGUCCUUGUUAGUGAUCUUCAUUCAAGUCAGGCCAUGGGAUACUUUGACAUCCCAGUAGAUCAUGUUUAUGGCCAGCCGGUGAUUCUUGAUUACCUUGCCAGCAAGACAAUAUGUUCAAAUGACUUAGUGGUGGUAUCGCCUGAUGUUGGAGGUGUUGCCAGGGCACGUGCUUUUGCCAAAAAGCUAUCAGAUGCACCUCUAGCAAUUGUGGAUAAAAGAAGACAUGGACACAAUGUUGCCGAGGUAAUGAAUCUUAUUGGAGAUGUUAAAGGAAAAGUGGCUGUUAUGAUGGACGAUAUGAUUGAUACAGCUGGAACUAUUGCCAAAGGAGCUGAGCUGCUGCAUCAAGAAGGAGCAAGGGAGGUGUAUGCAUGCUGUACACAUGCUGUUUUUAGCCCACCUGCCAUUGAAAGACUAUCAAGUGGUUUGUUUCAAGAAGUAAUCACCACAAACACUAUCCCUCUGAAGGAGGAUAAGAAUUUCCCACAGCUGACCAUUCUUUCAGUCGCUAACCUUUUAGGCGAGACGAUCUGGCGUGUUCAUGAUGAUUGCUCGGUCGGUCACGAGCCAUACUCCACCUUGGAUAUUGACUGAUGCAGCUCAAGGUGUGUUCCACUUAAGAAGCUUAUGUCUGUGGGGUUCUUAUUCCAUGCCUUGGUAAGAAUGGUCCCAUGGAGGGUCAACCCACCAUGGCGUCGAUAACAGCAAAGGGUUGUUUUUCUACGGUUGAUAGACAGGAUAGUUGUGCAAGUGCCCCUUGUUUUUCGAUCUUCUCCGCUUCCAUUUUUGUGGAAUGAGCUAUCUCUGUGUGAUCUGAGAUCAUGUUAGCAGAAAAAACCUUUAGCUAUGUCUUUGAAUGAUAGUAAAUUAGACGGAAGUUUGAUUAGUGUAAUUCAAUGUGUGUGUGUAUAGCUCCACUUAAUCCCAGCUAUUCAAUUUUUUUAGACCUUUUAUUGCGAGAGCUGGUCCGUUUGAGAUGUAAAAUGAUGGUUUCCUUUUAUACUGGCAUAAUAAUUGACCAUCUA